AUAUUGUAUUUUUUGAUAAGAUAAAACAAAUAAAAAUUGGUAAGUUGUUAUACCUACAUAGCCUCCCUUGAUGUGUCUCCUAGCAGCUGCAAACUGAAACUUUCAUAUAAUCAUAAACAGAAUGAGAACAUUAUUUCUGUUAACUCUAUUGGCAGUGGGUCUGAAAUCCGAAUGUCCGGAAAAAUGUAACUGUACAGAAACAGAGAUAGAUUGUAUUACUCAUGGUUUGGACACUGUCCCGUCGUUUGAGUACCUGGAUAAUACACCGACAAUCCUGGAUCUAUCCGGAAAUCUCUUUAUCGAACUGAACAUUGGUGAUUUUGAUUUUCCAAAGAGCAAAGACGUUAAAGAACUAUACUUGAACAAUUCUGAAAUAGUUUACGUAAAUAAUGGAGUGUUUAACCCGUUGGAAAAUUUACAAAACCUUUAUCUCGGUAACAACUACUUAAGUGACUUAGACGAAUCGAUCAUCUCGAAAUUAGAUGACAUUAUACUAUUGGAAAUGUCCAAUAACUACUUUACCGAAAGAAUGCCAGUGAUAAAAUCACAAAGUUUGGAGGUUUUGUCUUUGGCUAACUCUAAGAUAUCUCAAAUUCCUAAACACGCCCUAAAAUAUUUACCGAACUUGAAAUUAUUGUUGUUACAGCAAAACAACUUGAAGACCAUAUCUUUUGAUAUAUUUCAAAAAGCUCCGGCAAACACCUUAUUUGUGAAACUGUCUUACAAUCCCUGGACUUGUAGCUGUGAUAAUAUGGCAGUUUUUAAACACCUAGAAGAAAGAAGUUUUAUAGAUACUUCGGACCCUUUUCGAUGUUCCCAGGGUCAGUUUGAAAUAGAUAUUUAUGGAAAGGGUGGUCAAGAUUAUAUAGAAGCCUUCUGUCAAAAGGAAAACGAAAUAAUUGAUAAUUUAAACGCGUCCAGAGCAAUGAUUGAUGAAAACAGAUACAAUCAGACAGAUGAAGAAAAUAAUCUAGGAGAAUCUAAUGUGGAAACCAAUGAAAACAUUUCAAUUAUCUAUACGAAAAGUGUGGAUACGACUCAGGAAUAUAACAAUUUGAACUUUUACUUGAUUUUAAGUAUAUCGACGGUUUCGGGAUUUAUAGUUGGCGCAGUUUUUGGAAUACUCUGGUACAGUUUUAAUCUAAAAUACAAAAGACUAGAAUUAACCGAUAGUAAACAUCAACUUAUAAACUAAAAAGUCUAAUAUUUUUAAUACAUCCUCUACACUAUUCGAAAAACAGUUCGAAGCAGGUCAAGGUCGCUGGUCGUCGCAUCUCGGCUUAUCUCCGGUUGUCUUAAAAACUUGUCUCGUUCAAUUUCGUUUUGUCUCGAGCUACUUCCGCGACGUGUCGGUAUCUAUACUCGAGAUAAAGGACUUUUUUUCAUAAAUCUCAGUGAAAUAAGUAAACCUAGACCUUUCUUUUUACUAUAACGUAAUUAAUAAUAUUAAACAAUGAUUAAAACUAAAUAUUUUUGUGUAACCUUAGAGGAAUAGCCAAUUUAAUCUACCCUCGGUAACUGUUUUCUAAAUGCGCUGUUUUUGAUUAUUCAUAUCAGUUUAAUAUAGUGGUACUACGUUACACUCCAUUACAACAUAAUUAUAUUUAUUCCUACUCCAUGUUUACUUAUUUUUCUGAAGCAACCACAAAGUUUGACCUUGAUUGCUUCGACAACAUUUCAGGCAUAUUGUAGAGGGUGUUUAAUAUUGGAUAUGUUUGUACAAUUGCUUAAUAUCCACGUUUUUUAACAUAAUGUACAAAAAUUAAAUACAUGUAUAUUCUUAUUUUACCAUUUUUUCAAUUGUGUAAACAUUUUUUAUGUAAAUUUAGAUAUUAUUUUAAGAUAAAAAAUUACGUUUUAAAAGCUGUACAUCUCAAAUAAAACAUAUAUUUUGUAAA